AUGAGUGAUCAACCGGGUCCCUCGCGGCCGAAACGAAAGAAAAUGGAGCCAGUUUAUAAGAUAACUGAUAGUGAUAUUGAAGAGCAGCUUUUGGGCAACGACUCUGAUGAUGACUUCCAGCUUGAGGACAUGUCAUCAGAUGAUGAUGAAGAGGAAAUCGAGCGGCAAAAUAUUAUGCAAAUGGCGGCUAUGGAUUUACAAUUAGCGUCGCAACGUACUCGUCGAAGGAGUCCGUCAUUAGAAGCAAUACAACAACCAGAAAGAUUAGCACUACCUGAGGAAGGAGCUACUUCUUCAUGGACAACGACAUGUGAGCUAAAAAAAAUUGAUUUCACUAAACAAAAUGAGUUCUUUGGCGCGCCUGACCCAACUCCAAUCGCAUUUUUCAAUUUCUUCUUUGAAGAUGAUUUCCUUGCAAUGAUUUGUGAAAAAACUAAUGCUCAAGCCAGAAAGUUAUUUCUUUUCGGUGUUUCGGAAUCAUCAAGAAUAACUAAUUGGAAGGACGUGGACGUUCCUGAACUGAAAAUAUUCCUUGGCUUACUUUUCCACAUGGGUUCUUUUCAGCUGCCCCGACUACAAGAUUACUGGAAAAAGAGCCGGUUAUUUUCAAUACCUAUUUUUGGUCAACAGAUGAGGAGAAAUAGAUAUUUCCUAAUAAUGAGAUGUCUUCACUUCAGCUCAGAGACAGAGAUAGUGAAUGAUGACCCACUGUACAAAAUACGUAGUGUCGUUGAUUAUUUCAACCAAAAAAUGAAUACAUGCUAUUAUCCUGGCAAAGAGCUGUCGUUGGAUGAGAGCAUGGUUCUGUGGAGAGGGCGACUGAGAUUCAAGCAUUUCGAGUAUAUGCUGGGAGCCAAGACCAUGAUGUUGCUGGAAAAGGGCACGCCGAAAAAGGUUGUAAUGCAAUUGAUGGAGGAGAAACUUCACAAUGGACACUCAUUAUAUAUGGAUAACUAUUAUAAUAGUUUCCACUUGGCUAAACGUCUUUUACAUAAUAAGACUUACUGUAGUGGAACUUUAAGAAAGGAUUUGAAAGAAAAUCCAAAGGAUGUGGUUCAAAAAACGCUAAAAAAAGGCGAUAACAUUUCAAGGUUUCGAGAAUGUGUGCACAUCGGAAAAUGGAAAGAUAAGCGCCCAGUGAUGUACGUCACCACGGAAUAUGACGAUAUAAGGAUACCAGUUGCUAAUAAGCGUGGCCAAAUUAAUGAAAAACCUGCAACUAUUGCCAAAUAUAAUGAGUUUAUGUCAGGAGUUGACCGACAAGACCAACUGCUCGCAUUUUAUCCGUGCGAAAGAAAAACUCUUCGCUGGUAUCUCAAGUUAGCCAUCCACACCUUUCAACUACUAUUUAUAAACUCUUAUAAAAUGUACAACAAAUAUUCUGGAAAACCUAAAAUGACACUCUACGAUUAUCGCUUAGCUGUGAUAAAUGAGCUUUUACCUGAAAAAAAAUACUGCAGUGUCUGUUCCAACCGGCCCAAGCAGAGCGAAAACGAGCAGAGAAGUGCCACACAAAAUCAGUAA